AUGGCAGAAAAAGAUCAAAAUAUCAAAAAAUUAAAAGAAGAAGUUGAGAAAUUAAUCGAUGAACAAGAAGAUGAGAUAAUACUAGCUGAAAUGCAAUUCGAAAUUUUCCAAAUAAAAGCAGAGACAGAAGCUAGAAGAUUGAAGAAGUUGUUGAUAAUGAGAAAUGAAGAUUUCUCAAUUCUCAAAACUAAAUAUGAGGAUCUUCAAAAACAAUUUUAUGAUUUGUCGCCAUAUCCGGUUAACGGUUACGGUGGAAUAUUAAUUGGUGAUGAAACACCGAAACAAGAGAAGUUGAUGGAUCAACUUUUGGACAAAUUAAAAGUAUUAAAUGAUGGAGAUUAUUAUGACAUUUUCCACUUGCUGGAAACUAUUGACAAGAUCAUAGUCACGUUUUCUCUUUAUUUCAAGGAUCCUAUACUUAUAACAAAAAAGAUGGAAGACAACAAACAGAUCAUUCAAAAACUUGAAGACGAAGUUGACUAUCUUACGAAAAACUUGGAAAGUUUGAAUCCAUCGCAGCUGGUUACAUCUUUGGAAAACAAAGAUGAUUAUCUCUUAGUGACAGUGGAAUUCCAAAAAAGAAAGAAUAUUCUGUUUUCCGAACUCAAGAAAAAGAAUGAAGAGAUUAAAAUGCUUCAAGAAUCCUUCAAUGUUUAUCAGAAGGAUAGUAUUGAAAAAGUCAUGGAGAAAUUUUUGGAACUUCAACACCAGAAUUUAACAGUAUUCUCAGUUGAUGAUACCAAUUCUAUAUCAACUGAACUAAAUAAUGAUCGGAAUGUUGCCAAGAAUGAUAAAUCCGAAGGUGUUGAAAGUUUGAUGCUCGAAAAUUUCAACAAUUCUUUGAAAAUUGCUUUGAAUUCUGUGAAACGUGAAAUUUCAAAGCAAAAUGUUACAAUCAAAACUGAUGAAGACAUGAUAAAAGAUAUGAAAAAAACGAUUGAUUCGAAUGAGAACAUGAUCAAGAUGUUGGCAGAUGAAUUGUCAUGGAAGACAAAAGAUUGUCAAGUGAAGGUCUCUGCACUGGAAAAUCAAAUCUUUGAUAAGAAUGAUGAGAUUGUCAAAUUAAAGAGUCAUGUGAGCACUGAAUCUGGAAAUUCUCCGAAAUUGGAGCGUAAUGUUCGAGAACUGACACUUAAAAUCUCUAGUGAGACUUCUAGUCAAGGGACUAGUAGAACAUAUCCCCAUUUGGAACAAGAAAUUUUGACGUUCCAUUCUGAAAAAAUUUCUGAUCCUUCCGAAGAGGCAAACCAGGAGGUCAGAGAAUUCCCACUUGAGCAAACAUUAGAAAAACUGAAACUUGAACAGACAGAAAGUCUUGUCGCAAUUCUUGAACAACCCGGAGGACUCAAAACUAUGCGAAAUGACCCGCAAUGGUUGCAGGUGGUUGAUCAUUUCUGUGAUUAUGUACGAAAGAUUGAAAAACUUGAAGAAAAUGUUAAAGAAGAACAAAUGAAUACUGAAAUGAUUAUGAAAGAAAGAACUCGAGAAAUCACUGAGCUAUAUUAUCAGAAAAGAGUUCUUGAGAAGAAGAUUUCAGAGCAAUUUAAAGAGAUUCAACAAGUUAAAUCUGAAAUCUCGAGAGUUUAUGAAGCAAAUAUCCAGGAAAUUCAAAAAUCGUUUGAUAUUAAGCUGAAACUGAAGGAUCAGAUAAUUGGAGAAUUGGAAGCUGUAGAUGAGAUGUCAUCAAAUCAUACGGAAUUAUCCGAUGGAUGGAGCGAUCUCGAUAUUGUUCAAAACACAGAAGAAUUGCAAUAA